AUAACUUUCUCUAUGCGGUCCGCAUGCACAAAAUUUGCAUCUGAUUAAGAGAGAGAAUAGGCUAAUCCUCGAUCUCCCAGGCAUCGAAGGCGGCGACGGGCGGUGGCGCGCUGGUUGCUGGUGGCCGGAGAAACCUACCAAGGACGGCGAUGAAAGUAUCCGCCAACUACGGAAAUUGAGGGCGGUGCAGUGAAAAAAGGAGCCAUGCCGAUUGUCUGUUUAUUAGGGAUUCAGUACAUUCUGCGUUGAAGCCCAAGUAGUUAAUAAGAGACGUGGUAGAAUAAUCUAGCUUUCCACGUGCAGAUUAUCAGCAGACAAUGCCUGGAUAACGGCUGUUGUUGGUAAAUUGUUACAGAGGACAUAAUUCGGUGUUGAUUUUGCUCAGAAAAGAUACGGAGUGGAUACGUUUUACUGUGUAGAAGAUGACAAUCUGAAAGGUAUUGAAACUUCUCCUCGCAUUCCGUUAUUUACUCAGCUGGAAAGCAUGCACAUUGAUGAUUUGGAACAAUGCAAGGUGGAAGAGGAUCAAACCAACCGCACUAAAGGAAGUGCUAACCACUCAGUUUCUGUUAUGCACAUUCACGGAUAUAGAAUAUCAGAUAUUCACGCACAAGAAAAAUGUUCCUUUGAUAAAGAAGAUUGCAAUAAUAUGUUUUCUAGUUCUACUAUGAAAUUGCAUUCCUCAUCAGAUCCUCAUUUUUUGGAAAGGGUUAGUUACUUCACACUGGAAAAAAAAGCUGAAUUAGUGGAUAGAAUAGCUUCUAAUGAUUGCAUUUCCACAAAAGAUGACAAAAGGGGGGAAACAGAUGGUUCUGGAUUGGAUAUGAUUCAGAACACAAUAUCGGAAACAACAUGUAUUUCUCAUUCCCUUAGGGACAUAAAUGAUCAACCUCGCCCCUUUGUUGCAGUAGAUGACUUUGCAAGUGUCAGAGAUUUCAAGCAAGAUAACAUUGUUAUGGAGAAGCAAGAAGAUAACCAUUUAUUGGCCACUGACAGCAGUUCUUUAAAAGUCAAGCAGGAUGAUUGGGUGCAAAAUGAGAAUCAAGUAGAUGAGGGCACUGUGCAAAUUGUAAACCAAGAGGGAGAGUUAGGUACACAAAGGAACAACACCCUUGAGCCAGAUCAUCCUGUUGCACUGUGGGUAAAGUGGAGAGGUAAGUGGCAAACAGGAAUUCAGUGUCCUCAGGCUGAUUGUCCACUUUCAGCCAUAAGAGCAAAGCCUACACAUGAGCGAAAGAGAUACAUUCCAAUCUUUUUUCCUCGUAGCAGGACAUAUUCUUGGACAGAUAUGCUACUUGUUUGUUCCAUCAAUGAAUUACCAGAACCACUUGUCCGUGGUACCCAUCGGAAAUGGAGAAAGCUGGUGAAGGAUUUGACUAUUCCGCGUCGACAUGUCAUGCAAAAGCUUGCUGUAACAAUGCUAAAUAUUAGUGAUCAUCUGCAUAUAGAGGCUGUGAUUGAGAAUGUCCGGAAAGCUGCCUUCUGGAAAGAAUUUGCCAGAGAAGUUUCUCAGUGUAGAGAUUAUCCUGAUUUUGGAAGAAUGCUUUUGAUGCUCCAAACUAUGAUUCUCCCUUGUUAUAUAGAUAAUACUUGGCUUCUGAAUAAUUUGUCUUCCUGGAAAGAUAAAUGUCAGAAUGCACAAAGUGCUGGCUCUAUUGAAACACUCAUAGAGGAGUUGAUGGAUUCAAUAUUCUGGGUGAAAAUUAAUGAGCUGUGGAAUGCACCAAUGCAGCCUGAGUUAGGUCCUGAAUGGAAAACUUGGAGACAAGAUGCCAUGAAAUUGUUCUUUUCCUCUCCAUCGACUCAUGUUUAUGGAAACACAGGUCCAAACAAUGUGAGCGGUUCUUUGGUUGUGGGAAAUGAAGCUAGUGGGAGGUACUCAAAACUUGAAAUUUGCAAAGCAGAAAUAUGUGCUACUCCCAAACUCUCUCAGACCAAUGUGAUAGAAGUUGAUUUCAAAAGUUACCAAGAAUCAGUAAAAUCUCAGCCUCCAUGUAAGUCAUAUAAGGUUGAAGAACUACAUAUGGUGGCUGGGUCAUCAGAAUCUCAAUCCUUGGCCAAGACAUGCAAUGGGUUUGUAGAUGAUGGUAGCGAUGUAAAGCUAAUUCAGUCAUCACAAGUGGAUAUUUUUCCAAAAACAGUAAGAGAAAACAGAGUCUUGCUGUACACUCAAAAUGAAUUAGAAGCUAAAGAAAAAUAUCGACAAUGUCAAGCUUUUGUCCUAUCUAAAGGACGACAGUGUGGAAGAUGGGCAAGUGAUGGCCAUAUUUAUUGUUGUGCCCACCUGAAUGUUCGAAAUCCAGAAAAGCUUUCUCAUGAGGCGCAAACAAUUCCUCUUGAAGCCCCCAUGUGCAAGGGCACAACUACUCAUGGCAGAAACUGUAAGCAUCAUGCUCGACAAGGAUCCACAUUUUGUAAGAAACAUCAGCUUCUGGGAAGUCAUGGAUCAAUGCAUAGCAAGAGUCAUCUCUUAGGGCACACUCUCAGGGGAGGUAGCAAUGACAAUCUGGUCUUGGAAAGUUCUUCUAGCUCAAACAUGGUUCACAAUGAGCUUACAUCACCAAGAGAAAUUCAGACAACACAUGAGAAUUUAAUUCCAGUUGUGGUUGGCAUAACCUCAGAUGAAAGAGAUUGCUUGAUGAAAACAUCUGAGCUUUACAAUGCAUUACCUGCUCCUCUAAGUAGUCGUCCAGAUUUACCACGCUGCAUAGGAAGCCAACAUCAAAAUAAUGAUGAUCAAUGUCUAGAGUAUGCCACGAGGCACACAUUAUACUGCAAUAACCACCUUCCGAAAUUUCUUAAACGUGCAAGAAAUGGUAGGAGUCGACUAGUAUCAAAAGACAUUUUUUUGAAUCUCCUGAAUCAGUGCAGCUCAAGGAGGGAAAAGUUGUGUUUACACCAAGCAUGUGAACUUCUCUAUGGAUUCAUGAAAAUUAGUCUGUCCUGUCAAAGGCCAGUAUCAAGAGGUGACACAUUAUCAUGGAUAUUAUCUGAAGCCAUGAAAGAUCCACCAACAGGAGAUUUCUUAUUGAAGUUGGUGGCAAGUGAAAGAGAUAAACUUUCAAAUAGUUGGGGGUUCAACAUGGAUAAAGACAGGGGAAAAUCAUCCUGGGAAGACAAAAUACCCAUGCCCACAGUAAAUAAUGAUAAGAACUAUGAAAUAAGUAUUAAGUGCAAAAUUUGUGCUGAGGUCUUUGCUGAUGACCAUACUCUUGGUAUACACUGGACUCAAGUGCAUAAAAAGGAGGCUCGAUGGCUUUUUAGAGGAUAUGCUUGUGCUGUUUGCAUGACAUCAUUUACCAACAGAAAAGUUGUUGAAACCCAUGUAAAAGAGAGACAUGGCAUGCAAUUCCUUGAAAACUCGAUAAUCUUCAGAUGCAUGUCUUGCAAUAGUCACUUUGUCAGUUCUGAUCACUUAUGGCAACACAUAUUGUCAUGCCAUUCAAUGGAUUUUAGAUUACCAAACCUUAAUCUACGACCCCUGGAUGAAUAUCUUCAGCCAAAAAUAGAGAUAAACAAUAUAGUCAGUAGUAAUAACAAUGCCACUGAAAACCAUGAGGGUUCCCAAAAAUUCACCUGUAAGUCUUGUGGUUUAAGAUUUGAUCUACUACCUGAUCUUGGUCGGCACCACCAAGUUGCCCAUAUGAACCGAAAUUCUACUAUCCAAUUUCCUCAACAGAGUGGAAAUCACCAUCUGAAACGUAAUAGGAAUUUCUAUCCAAGAUUUAAGAAAAACUUUGAAGCAUCAAAGAGAUAUAAAGGCCUUAUUAGUUUUGGCAUGCCAAAGCAUAACAAGUCUUCUCAUUCCAUACACUUUGUCAGAGAACAAAAUACUCAUUCACCUGAACCAUUGGGUCUUGGGCUGCUGCUGGAUAUCCAUUGCUCUGGAGUUGCAGAAACCUUUAUAUCUAAGAUCCAGAAAACAAAGCCUCGGCCAAGUAGCCCGGAGCUACUUUCUGUUGCAAGUUCUGCGUGUUGCAGAACUAAUUUUCAUUAUGCAUUGGAGGUUAAGUAUGGGUUCCUGCCGGAGAAUGUUUACUUGAAGGCGUUAAAGCUUUGCAGUGAGCAGAAUAUCCAAGUAGGUUGGCAUCUAGAUGGAUUCAUCUGCCCUAAAGGAUGCAAGACUUUACAAAAGACAAAUUCUUUAGCUCCUCUACUUGCUUCCAAACCAUUACUUGCACAAACUCCUGCAUACAUGGUAGAUUCUUGCAGCAAUGCAAAUUGGGAGAUGGAUGAAAGUCACUAUAUACUCAACCCAGAACAUCUUAACUUCAAAUCUUUGCAGAAAGGCAUUAUUUUGUGUGAAGAUGUGAGUUUUGGCAAAGAAGCAGUUCCCAUUACUUGUGUUGUUGAUGAGUAUUUGAAGGAUUCUUUCCUUGUAGCAUCUCACGAAGGGACCUAUGAUCAAGAACCUCUACUACAUAUGCCUUGGAAAGAAUUUAAAUAUAUAACUAAGCAGUUGAUAGGAUCAUAUCUUUCUCUGGAGGCAAAGGAUUUACAACUGGGUUGCAACUGCCCAGACUCAAUGUGCUAUCCUGAAAGUUGCAGUCAUAUAUACUUAUUUGACGCUGAUCAAAUGAAUGCUAAAGAUGCCACUGGAAACUCAAUGCAUUGUAGAUUUGCUUAUGAUAAGAAAGGCCGUAUAGUCUUGGAGAAAGAUCUCCUAGUCCAAGAAUGCAAUUCCUGCUGCAAGUGUGAUGCAACAUGUCCCAACAGAGUAUUGCAGAAUGGAGUUCAAAUUAAGCUGGAAAUAUUCAGAACAGAAAAGAAGGGUUGGGCAGUCAGGGCUGGGGAGACUAUUUCACGUGGCACUUUCAUUUGCGAGUACAUUGGAGAGGUCUUGAAUGUCGAGGAGACGAACACAAAGAGAUAUGACUCUGAUGGCUGUAGCUAUGUUUAUGACAUCAGUGCCCAUGUUGAUGGCACCCGACAAUGGAUUGGUGGGAUGGUGCCAUGUGUCAUUGAUGCAACUAAACAUGGGAAUGUUGCACGAUUCAUCAAUCACAGCUGUUCACCCAAUCUAGUUGAUCAUUUAGUUUUUGUGGAGAGCAUGGACAUCCAGCUUGCUCAUAUCGGUCUAUAUGCAAGUCGAGAUAUUGUCAUAGGGGAAGAAUUAUCGUACGACUAUCGUACCAAGCUACUACCCGGAGAGGGACAUCCUUGUCAUUGUGAGGCUUCAAACUGUCGAGGCCGUCUAUAUUGAGUCAUUUUAUGUACCGUUUAGUUUGAACAUUUGCGUCCAUUGUUUGGGUGAGCAAAAUAUCACUCUCUUCAGUGGAAAAUUCAUGAUUCUUUCGAGAUCGCAGACCAACCCAAUCACCCAAGCACCCUUGUGGUAGGUUCGGUCUCGAUCCAUGGCAGUGUAAGUGCCAACAUUUAGAUUCCAAUCUGUUUCAUCAUACUUCAGGUCCUUGAGUCUUCUCUUGCUAAGUAUAUAGAUUGAUUUUUUUUUUCACCACGCUGAACCUAGAGGUUGGUUUCCCAUUCUAAUUAGGUUGAUUCACUAACUUGUACUGGGUGCCCAACCUCCUUAUGUGUACAAGAUCAUAAAGGUCAAUGAAAAUUGAAUUUUUAGAAC